AUGCGGUGGGCUUUGCCGUUGCUUUUAUUGCCGCUCCUGUGGCCCCCGCCUCAGAUAGGCUAUGAUUUGCGGGGAAUCUUGGUGAAGCUUCCUUGGUGCACACUGAGCUGUGAAGCAGCACACCUCAUUCCCAUCAAUUCAGUUUUGAGGUUGGUGGCAGGACUCUGCUUCCUGCGAUCACCAAGCCAUGCGCAACGCCCAAGUCGAACGCGCCUGCGUGCCUCCGGUGCCACGCAGACUGUGCUGGACGCAUUGAAGGAGUUCGACGGGAAGUUCCAGGAGCCUUUUGACCUUUUGGGAUUGGAUGAUCCCGAGUGUCCCAAGACCGACAUCCGUGCAGCCUUCCGCAAGGUGGCCAGGGUGGAGCAUCCAGAUGUCUCCGAACGCGAAGAUGCCGAAGAACGUUGCUAG